GGGGCGGGGCGGGCCAGGAGAGUCGGUCCUCCGAGGUCCCAGCCCAACCCGCGCCUGCGCUUCACCUCCCCUCCCCUCGCGGCACGCUGCGUGGCUGCUCAUUGGCUAUGUAGGACGGAAGCUCGGUUGGUGUUUCUCCAGAAGUUUCCCCCUUCGGCGGCGGCAGAGCUGGUAACCUCGUUAGGAGCAGCUCCAGCAGCGGUAACAGUAACUAUUAGAGAUGGCGGCGGCUGCUGCGGCAUCUGCAGCAGCCCAGAGGUUUUUCCGGAGCUUCUCAGAUGCUCUGAUCGACGAGGACCCCCAGGCGGCGUUGGAGGAGCUGACUAAGGCUCUGGAGCAGAAACCAGAUGAUGCACAGUAUUACUGUCAAAGAGCUUAUUGUCACAUUCUUCUUGGGAAUUACCAUGAUGCUGUUGCUGAUGCAAAGAAAUCUCUUGAACUUAAUCCCAAUAGUUCCAUUGCUCUGCUGAGAAAGGGGAUAUGUGAAUACCAUGAAAAAAACUAUGCUGCUGCUCUAGAAGCUUUUACAGAAGGACAGAAAUUAGAUAGUGCAGAUGCUGAUUUCAUUGUCUGGAUUAAAAGGUGUCAAGAAGCUCAGAAUGGAUCACAGCCUGAGGUGAGGACUUAUCAGUCAAAAAUCAAGUAUGACUGGUAUCAAACAGAAUCUCAAGUAAUCAUUACACUUAUGAUCAAGAAUGUUCAGAAGAAUGAUGUAAAUGUGGAAUUUUCAGAAAAAGAGUUGUCCGCAUUGGUGAAAAUUCCUUCUGGAGAGGAUUAUAAUUUGAAGCUGAGACUUCUUCAUCCUAUAAUACCAGAACAGAGCACAUUUAAAGUACUUUCAACAAAGAUUGAAAUUAAAAUGAAAAAGCCAGAGGCUGUGAGAUGGGAAAAGCUAGAGGGGCAAGGAGAUGUGCCUAACCCCAGACAGUUCAUAACAGAUGUAAAGAACCUGUAUCCAUCAUCAUCUCAUUAUACAAGAAAUUGGGAUAAAUUAGUUGGUGAGAUCAAAGAAGAAGAAAAGAAUGAGAAGUUGGAGGGAGAUGCAGCUUUAAACAAAUUAUUUCAGCAGAUCUAUUCAGAUGGUUCUGAUGAAGUGAAACGUGCCAUGAACAAAUCAUUUAUGGAGUCUGGUGGUACAGUUUUGAGUACCAACUGGUCUGAUGUAGGUAAAAGGAAAGUUGAAAUCAAUCCUCCUGAUGAUAUGGAAUGGAAAAAGUACUAAAUAAAUUAAUUUGCUAUCACUGUAUUGCAUAUAUUCAGCUAAUGCCCAUUGUGUAUUAAUACUGCAUUCUUGAAUUUUGAACACUGAGUACAUCUUUUUAAAGAAUUAUACCUCUUUACCUCUUUGUGCUUUAGAAAUUAUUUUCCUUCAAGUAUUCUAAGAGUCUAAUGAAGAACGAAGAUCAUGUUUUAUCACUUUUGUCCUUAAGGACUUCAAAUAUGCUGAAACGGAAUGAAGUAUCAUUUGCUACUAGACAGAUUAAUUCUUCCGAGUUGUGGGAGUGGAGAUACUGUUACUGGGAUAUCUUGGGUUAUUGCCUUAUUUUUGAUGCAGUAUUCUGUUAAUAAUUUAUUAGACGUGGCAACUUUGGGUGAGCAUAGAUUUCUCAAUUUCAAUGUUAAAUUGUUUGCUUUUAAAAACUGCUUUUGAAUGGAGUUGUAAAUACAAUUUUUCUAUGAAGAAGU